AUGAUCAGCUAAUAAAACUCAGGUCCAAAUAGAUUUAAUUUAGUAUAUGAUUAUAUUGAUGAAAGAGACUUAUCGUUGUUAGAACCAGUUGUUAAAUGUAUUCCUACUCUUAGCUCUUUUGAACUUAGAUUUCACAAUUAUAGUAGGAUCGGAAAAAAAGGAACCUAAAAAAUAUCUGAAGCAUUAUCUAUCUCUCAAAAAAUGAAUUCAUUUAAAUUAUAUCUUAACAAGCUUAGAAUUGGAAAUGAAGCAAUUGUGAAUCUCUCAUAAGGAAUAUCGAACUGUUUGAAUUUAUAAUCUAUUGUUUUAAAUCUACAUGAUAACAUGAUGAAUUGCUUGAGUUUUUAAAAAUUAUGCGAAUAAAUAGCUAAAUGCGAGCAAUUAAAAGCUUUAGAUCUAGAUGUUAGCUAAAACUACAUUUUGAGUAAUGAAUAAAGUUCAUAAGCUUUAUAAAUAAUCUUUACUAUGAUUCCAAAUUUAAAAUUUCUCAGCCUUAACUUGAGCAACAAUUAAUUAGAAACAAAUAAUAAAACACCUUGCUUGUUUAUUUAUUUGUAUAAAUGUAUCAACUUAGAAUACCUAUGCUUAAAUUUAGAAAAAACUGGUAUAAUUUAAGAAGAAGUUUACUAAAUUGGGCAUUCAAUUUAAGAGAUAAAAAUAUUGAAAGAUAUUUAGUUAUAAUUUUAGAAGUAAUAUUGCUAUUAUAAUCCUAUAGCAUCAAGUGAGAUUAAUAAUUUGAUGAGUUCAAGUUUUUCUAAAGUAGCAGAUGGUAUUAAUAGUUACAGUUGUUACUUUGAUUAGUAAUGCACUCUCAGAAUGCAAAAAUCUUUCAUAGAUAUUUCUUUCUUUUGUAAUAGUUAGAGAGAAGGGAUGGUAAGAAAUUUUUCUAUCCCUUAAAAUAUCUUUGUAUUUUACUAAUAAGAGAAAUAAAGCUUUGAUUAAAACCCUACUAAUUAAUUAUCACCCCUCCCUCUUCUGUCUUUUUAUUUGAAAAAUUAGUUAAAAUUAUUUAUUUGUUAAAGUUAAAAUUAUAGAGAAGAUACUGAUUUAAGCGAGUUAAUAAAUACAAUAAAUAAAUUGGAGAAUCUGAUAAGCUUAGAACUACGCACCACGUAACCGAAACUUUAUGUCUUAAAACUUUAUUUAUUUUUAUAUAAUAAAUAUAAGAACUCAUUUUUCUUCCCUCUUGAACUUUGCUCAAAAAAUAAGAAUGUGUGGCAACUUAAAAAAGAUUAGUCUAUCGCUCUAGUUGUUCUAAUCUAAAAUUAUCGUUUCAAUGAUUAAAAAGUCAAAAUAUUUGGUUUGCCUUUCUCAAUUUUGAAUAAUGCAUAAGAAAAUAUUUCAAAGAUAUAUAUUCUACUAGUCUUGUUUUUAAGCUCUUCUCUUUAAUCUCAUGAAGACCUUUUAAUCCAUUUAAGAUCAAACAAAAUCGGCGAUACAGGUGCAUAAAAAUUAGGUAGUGCUUUAUAGAAAUGCACUAAACUAAAGCAUUUACAGCUUUUUCUUCAGUACAAUGAAAUUUCUAAAAUAGGUGCAUAAAUUUUAGGUGAAGGCCUUGCAACUUGCUCUUUUCUCACUAAAUUGAUUUUCUAUUUUUCAUAUAAUACAGUAGAAUCACAAGGUGCAAUCUCACUAGGUUAAUCUUUAGCUAAAUGUGCUAAUCUUAAAACUUUAACGUUUUGGAUUUAAUGUAAUGAAAUAGAUGGAUAGGGUGCAUUAGAUUUUGGUUCGGCUUUAGCAAAUUGUGCUAAUCUGUAAAUUUUAGUUUUAAAUAUCAAUGGCAAUAAUACUCAAAAAGAAGAUAGAAAAAAGUUAAUAUUUAAACUCAAAAAAAUGAAGAGACUUGUUAAGUUAUCUUUCUGA